CUCUGGGCCUGUUUCACGGGCUAUGCGGGAUAUUUUUAGGAAGUGCUGGUUCGAUAAUGGAACAGCAUGGCGCUUUCUAACAGCCGAGCAGAGGGAGUUCUACUUCCAGGAGUUUCAGAAAGAGUUCUGGUGGGAUAGUGCGGCGUACAGCGAGGAGGUCAUUAGACAGGUCUUCAUGGUCCAUGCAGCCAACCGCUACAAAGACAACAUCCACAGAAUGAGGAGGACGCAACAGAAGCAUAUUUCUGUGACCCAGGACAUCUGGGAUGCUUGGAACGCGUUCUGGAACUCAGAGAAAGAGAAAAAAAGGUCAGAAACUGCCCGAGCAAAUCGGAUGAGCGAGCCAGCGGGCGCCGGUUCUGGACCUGUCCGCCAUACUGGUGGAUCUCGCUCUGCUCUAAAGCAUAUGGAUGUCAUGGAAAGGGAGCUUGGCCGGAAACCGAGUGCGACGGAGUUGUACACUCGCCUUCACUCCACGAAGGCUGACAAGAAGCCGGUCGACAAACGGGCUCAGGAUAUGACUGACGCCAUCACUGAGAGGCUUGCUGCUGCGACACAGCCUCAGACCGGAGAGGGUAGCUCCUCGACCCCAGCUGCAGUGGACGAGACCCAGGUGUUUCUAGACAUCGAGGGCGUCAACAAGAAGAAACGCGUGUACGGGUUGGGUUCUGCGAGCAGCAGGUACGCCGGGCCAAGCAGCAGGGUGCAGCGAGGCAGCUCUUCUAGGACGUCGCAGCAGGAAGACGAGGAGGUCGAGCGCCGUGUGCAGGCCGGCAUUCAGGAGGGUCUGCGACUGGCUCGGGAACAGCAGGCUGCGAACAUGGCCCAGAUGAUACGCGAGGAGAUUGCCAGGAUGAUUCCUAACCUUCCGGCAGAGUAUCGGCCACAGCGCCCACCUACCCCACCAGACGAUGACGACACACCAGCUUUGUAGUGUCGUGUUAGUUUAUUUUAUUAC